AUGAAGAACGUUACAAUCUUCCUACUGGUUCUGGCUUGCGAGUGCUUUUCCACAUCAACUCCCUUGCCUUUUCAAUCUGUAUCCCCUGCUCCCUGUCUCUUUGCUCUUCCCUCCAAACAAGACUCUGUUGUUCUUUCAGGAGCCGCUCUGGUGACCGGCCUUGCCUCCCAGUUUAAUGAGAUGAUCCAGAUGAGCACCGUCACCUACACCCUGGCCAACUUCACCAACUAUGGGUGUCACUGUGGGGCAGGGACUCAAGGCUUCCCCGUGGACGCCAUCGACAGGUGCUGCCACAGCCACGACUGCUGCUACAACAAGGCCGAGAUGUUCGGUUGCAACCCAAGCACCCUCUCGUACAGGUUCUACACCCAGAGGGAUAAAAUUAAAUGCGUCAAGUCGCGGGACCGAUGCGAGAAGCUCGUGUGUGAAUGUGACCAAAAAGCAGCCAGCUGCUUCCGGAAACAUCUCUUUGCCUAUAACCUCCAGUUCAAGAAUCACCCAGCGAACAACUGCAGGGCACAGCGGCCAUUUUGUUGAGCUGCAUUUUGUUGAAGCAGAACCAGAGGAUAUCCCAUGUAGGGGGGUGGAUUCAGGGGGGAGCCCAGCCUGCCUGAUUAUUAUAAGGGGGGGGAUCAGCCUAUAUUAUUAUUUUGGGGUUCUUAGCAUUGUGUUAGGUUAACUGAAAGCAAGAGAAGCAUUUAGAAAAUUAAGUUGCCGUUUAUGUUCCCUCUAUUUUAUUUGAAGCGAAGGUUCGUGGGUUGUAUCUAAGACCUACUCAGAGCAGACCCACUGAAAUUAAUGGACCUAGGUUAGUCAUGCCCAGUAAACUUCAAUGGGUCUACUCUGAAUAGGACAGACAUUGGGUACAACCCAGGGUAAUCCCAUUGGGUUGUAUUUGGAGUAGACCCACUGAAAUGAGCAAAUGUAAAUUAGCCAUGUACAUUGUUUUCAGUAGGUCUGCUCUGAGUAGCACCAGCAUUGGACACAGUAUCUCCCACUGUACUCCACCCUCAGGCUGCUUUUGUUUUCUGUUUUGCUUGACUUGUCUCAUAGUCUGGGUGCUUAAUCCUGACGGAUAGUGUGUCUCAUAUCUUAGGGCGCUCUUCUUGCACAAGAAUUGCAUCCCUGCUCCCCCCCCCCAAGAAUUUACCUACCUAGUGGAAACACGGAUCAUUUUGCUGAUUGGAUGUCAUAAAACCCUUUCAAAACGGCAAUAGUAAUAAUAUGCAUUUGAGUCAAAUAAAAUAUUAUCGGUA